AUGAUUCUUUCAUUAUUAUUACUAAUGAUCUAUGGAAUUAUUAUCAUUUAUAGUAAACCAUUAGAUAUUGAAUCAGAUACACCAUUAACUAUAAGUUUUAAUCCAUCGUCUAAUCAAGUACAAUUAAUAAUACGUUGUGAAGUUCAUUCAUUCAACAAUAAACAAUUAGAAGUCAAUAACAAUAAUAAUAACAUACUUAAUGAUUAUAGUAUGUUCUUUCAAUGUCCUAUAGCCCCAUGGGGUAAAUUUUGUUUUCAUAAUUGUCAAUCUGCAUGUGUCGGCGAAAUACCUAAUCAAUGUCCAUAUGAUAAUGAAUUAAGUCUUAUUAAAUUUCGUACUGCUAUGACUGAACAAGGUUAUUUAUUUUAUGAAUAUACAAUACCAAAUCUAACUGAAACAUGGUUAGGAUUAAACCAUAAUAAUAAUAAUAACACUUCAAUGGAUAAGGAUAAUCAUAAUAAAAUAGAAGGUUUCUCAUGUAAAACAGCUGGAUUAGAAACACCAAGAAUUCCUUUAACUAUAGUUAAACCCAAUGAUAUUCAAUUGAAUACAAUGGAUCUAUCAAAGACUAAAACAUCAUCAUCAUCAUCAUCAUCAUCAUCAUCUAGUUCUCAUUCAAAGAUAUCUCAUUUGAAUAAAACUAUAUCUAAUGAAUAUAAUACACAAGAAGAUGAUUCUAAUCCAUUGAAUAAUGGAAUGAAUCAAUCGAUUAAACGAAUUAAUUCUGAACUUAAAGAUGGAAUUCUUAGUCUUAUGAUAAAGUAA